UUUCUCAGGGAGGAGGUGUGAUGCGGCCCUCAUAUAUCUCUUACAGAAUGUAUAAGCCAAAGUUGGUCUGCUGUUUUGUUAAAACAGCAGAUUUUCUGUAGAAAUAUAGUGAAGAGUGAAGUGUCGCGUUUAAAGGCUUCAUACAGUCAAGAGGAUGACGAACACUACCGUGGGGAGUUUGGGGCUGGCUAUGUGGUGGGAUCUUUUCCAAAGGAUUUUGUGUAUGGACCAGAUGACCCUGACCAGGAUAUGACUCUCAUCUUUGCACCAGAUCAAAAACCGAAAAUUUUACUCAUGGGACUUAGAAGGAGUGGAAAGUCAUCAAUACAGAAGGUUGUGUUUCACAAAAUGACACCAAAUGAAACGCUCUUCUUAGAAUCCACAAACAAAAUUGAAUCUGAAAAUAUAUCAAAUUCCUCAUUUGUCCAAUUCAAGAUUCUUGAUUUUCCCGGACAGAUUGAUUUUUUUGAACCAUCCUUCGAUUCUGAGAAGAUUUUCGGAGGGCAUGGAGCACUUGUAUUUGUUAUAGAUGCUCAGGAUGAUUAUAUGGAAGCAUUAAACAGAUUACAUCAGACUGUUCUACGAGCACAUAAGGUCAACCCAAAUCUGAGAUUUGAAGUAUUCAUCCACAAAGUUGACGGCCUCUCUGAUGACACCAAGAUUGAGACCCAACGGGAUAUACACCAGAGAGCGAAUGAUGAACUUGUUGAUGCAGGCAUGGAACAGAUUCAUCUGAGUUUCUACCUUACAUCUAUUUAUGACCACAGCAUAUUUGAAGCCUUCAGUAAAGUUGUGCAGAAGCUAAUACCACAGCUUCCAACCCUUGAAAAUCUCCUCAACAUAUUUAUAUCAAACUCUGGUAUAGAGAAGGCAUUCCUCUUUGAUGUACUCUCCAAAAUCUACAUUGCCACAGAUUCCUCACCAGUGGACAUGCAGAGCUACGAGCUUUGUUGUGAGAUGAUCGACGUUGUUAUUGAUAUAUCUGACAUCUAUGGGAAGGAUGAUGGUAUGCAGGUACCAUUUGACAAGGAAAGUUCAAGCAUUAUUAAACUAAAUAAUGCUACUGUUCUCUACUUAAGAGAAGUUAGUCGGUACCUGGCUCUAGUCUGCAUAUUGAGAGAGGAUAAUUUUGAUAGACAAGGCAUAAUAGACUACAACUUCCUCUGCUUCCGUAAUGCAAUACAAGAGGUGUUUGAUGUUCGGACAACGCAUCUUGCACAGCUAACCAACAGCACGUCUUCGCCGCACCUCCCGAACAGUCACACCAACGGACCCACCUCCUAGUAUAUCUUCACAGAAGAGUAGCUUUGUUGCCACUUCUGCUCAUACUCUUAUUUCAUGAAUACAUAGCAAGCACUCGGCUCUCAUUUUCACUGAUGACCCUAAAGGUUGCUGUGAAUAGUCAUUUGAGUGUUUAAGCCUCAAAGCUCGCAGUGAGGAGAUUACAAUAUUCAUUAGAAAAAAAUGGCAGUGUUAAGAAAACGAUUAAUUUAAACAAGGUACACACACACAAUUAUUUUCAUUUGAUUCAGAAAUUUUGCUGUUCAUGCCAUUUAUUUCUUUAAAGAUUUAGAAAUAAAUACACUAUAUGAUAGAAAUAAAUACACUAUAUGAUUGUAUGAAUGCUGUAUUUGAUAUGUAUUUUGAUUUCUAGAAAUAAUUUUGCCAGCUGUUCCUAUUUUAGAUGUACAUUGUAUGACUUUGUGCAGAGUGAGGUAUACAUGGUAUCAACAAUAUCUGAUGUGUGUAUUUUGAGAAUUAAAUUUAUGAUUGACAUGAAAAAAAAUUAUCCAUGCAAACAUGAUAAUUAAUUUAUGCAGAUUUAAUUCUAAUUUGCUCCUGUUGAUUAUUUUUGAUCUGGCAAAUGAUAUUAUCCUGUUGAUGGAAGUGUAAUUAGCAUGGCUUUAUGCUUUGAUGCUGCCAAUUGAUAUGGAACAGCCAACACUUGUUGGUUAAUUUCUUAGUCAAAAUUAUUUUGGUAACAUGGAUAAAUUGCCUUGGUAGUAAUUCAGCUUAUGUUACCUUAAAGGUUUGUUUCUGUGCGUCUCUAUGCUCAAGCAAGUUGCAAAUCAUUUUAAAAAUGCAAGAUUUCAGACGUGUAAUAGGUAGCUAGAUGCAGUUAUGUGAGCCAGUUUGUUUUAGACUCAUGCAAGAUAAUGUGGAAGGGGUUUAUUAUGUGUGAUGUAUAUUUAUGUCAUACCAAAGAACCUGAAUAAGAUUUAACCCUCUUUAACCAUUAGGUUCUUAAAAUAAAUUGCACUUGAAAACGUAUAAAUUAAUUGGGACAGUGUUGUUUCAUAUAUGUUUUUUUGGGGGGAUUAUUAUAUCUACAGAUUAUAUAUAUAUUCUUAUUGGUUUAAAAAAUUAUAAAGCAGAACUAAAUUUCUCUCAUUGCCAAUACCUCAUCGUUUAAAAAUGCAGUUGGCAAAGUAUCACCAUACAAUUUUUUUUUAUAAACACUGUUAGCAGCCUAACGGUUAACUGGGUUUGAUUCCCUAAAUAACUAUGGCAUAUGGCAUAAAUAAUAUCAAUUUUGUUUCUCAAGUCGACUGCUGUUUUGGUCGUUAAACACGGUGCUGUUGCUCAAGGGAUACUACAGAUAAUAGAAUCUCCUUAGGGCUCAAAAUAUUCAUGUACAGUUUUUGUGUUAUAUUUACCUUGCUAGAUACAAGUGAUUGAUGCUAUCAUAUUAGACUUUUUGACCAAGUUAUGGCUGUAGGAUAGCAGAUGUUUAUUAUUUUAAUGAGCAACAAUUAAGUCAUAUUAUUUGUUUGCACAUUGAUGCCAAUUAGAGGAUAAUAUUUUAACUUUUUCCAAUUUACAGUAUGUACAGUCUUUGUGUUAUGGAAGUACACCCUUCCAAUGUAGUUCAAACCCCUCACAGAGUAGAUAAAUUUAUGAACAUUAUUCCAUUAUUGGGUUUUUCUAUUAAACUCUUACAAGCCACA